AUGAAAUCCGCGUUGAUCCUCAGCACCUGCUCAAUGUGCACCCUAAUCCUCUCCGCCCCAACUGCAGCGGGCGAUCUAUCGACCCUCACUAUAAGGGCAGAAACUCCCCAGCAAGCCACAGACCGACUCCUCUUCUCCUCAACCAUGGCCCAAUUCACAGCAGCGCGCAACGCGAAAGAUCCACCCUCGCUGAACUGGGAGUCAGACGGCUGUUCCCACUCCCCAGACAAACCGGGUUUCAACUUCCUCCCCAGCUGCUACAGACACGAUUUCGGCUAUCGCAACUACAAGGCCCAAGACCGCUUCACGAGGGACAACAAGAAGAAAAUUGACAGGCUGUUCCGCAGUGAUUUGUUUCUAAAGAAUCUGUUCCUGAUUGGCGAUGGGCGGUGGUGUGCGGAACCUACGAAAGCCGUUCGGUUUGCAUAUGACUGA